AUGGGCACUCCAGCUGCAGAUUCGGGUGAAGUAUCUGGUACUGACUUGAGUGAUACUCUUGAUUCAACUAGCGGUGUCAGGCGUAGUAAAAGAGCCCAUCGAAAUAUUAAUUAUUCGCCCAUAAGAACUGCAUCACCAAGUAAACGCAUCGGUCAUCCCGCUGCCAAUCAUGAAUCGUCAAUUUCCGUAAAUACUAUUCGCAGAACGAGUAUUUCCAGCACGGCCAGUGACUGUAGCAGGUCAAGUAGAACGAGCAGAGCGACUCAUGUCACAUCAAUUAGUUCAAAUAAUACGCUCAGUCCCAUUACCACUCCUACAGCUCGCUCCUACUCUCAUCGCAACGUGCUCUUUUCUACUCCACAGGAUCCAAUCUUGUCACCAUCAGAUUCCGUCCUGAUUAAACCCGACACCACUGAACAGCCUACAUCUGCAUGGAAUCAUCCUUUUCGCUCCACCAACAAUGGUAUUGACUCUGGACAUGAAAUCAACUCAACCAAGAGUUUCUCGUCUACUGAAUCUACUAAACGCACUCCAACUAAACCUAAAAUUGCUCGACACAAAAUGGCAAAGUCAAAUCCUGCGGCGUCGGAUUCUGAGCUCGAUAAUGACCUCAUUCCAAAAACACCAAACAGCUCACAACUCAAUCCAUCCAAGACUCCCGAAUCGUUUGUUGAAAUCACUCCUUCUAAAUUUUCAUUGACUUCUUUUUUUUCUCCAUUCAGAUCUCCUAUGAAUCUAAAGCAUAUCUUGGAGAAUGUUGGUAUGACACCUAGAACCCAUAAACGUAAAGUUGCAAAGUCGUGGCUGGGCCGUAUGGCAACGUCUUCUGAUCAAAUAGAAGUCGAGUAUGAAUCAGAUCUUUGUGACAAGUCGGAUGAUGAGUUGGGUGAAAAUCGCAUUUUAUUCCCCGAUAUAUUUGCAGAAGAGGCUGUGAUUGAAGAGCCUGGACCGCUAUUGAGGUUCAUCGAUUGGUUGAGCGAUUUCUACAUUGUUCAACUUGUUAUUCCUAUUUUUUCAUGGAUCGCCUCCAUCAUUGCACUACUGAUAUGGGGUGUAUGCACGCUUAUGUGGAACAUUGUCUAUUAUCUAUGUGGAAAACCACUUGGCUUUAUUGGAUGGACAUUUCUACGUGUUGCUGGGUUUAUUUUUUUUACCACGUUCCGAGUCCUUGGUUAUCAUCGCAACAUGUGUGUUGCUGGAUUACUGUGUGGGCUUGGCGUGUAUUUAUUAACUACUAAACCGGGCCACAGCAUUGAUCUCCUUGCUUCGCUAGAUCCAGUAAACCAAUCACCUCAGCUACAGUCCAUGUUUACACCAAAUAUAUCCAUGAUUUUCGAGCAUCUUCGGUCAACAUUCGCUUCCACUGAAACUGAACAUAUUGAAAUCAACUCACAAGAUACCCAGAGUAAUACAGAUUCUCGCCCAGAAUCCAACUGGAAGUCUCAAAAACAGCUUGUUAUGCUUGAAAAGCGUGUUGCCACUGUCGAAAAGAAACUACUUUUAGUAACGCAAGGUCUAGUUGAGGUGGCAGGCGAUAUGAAAUCUCAGCAUUCUCGAUUAGAAAAAUCAAUUGAACAUACCAUUGCUGGACAAGAUUCAUUGAAAGAUACGCUUUCUGCACAGAUUGCAGAUGUAACGAAGCAAAUAUUUGAUUUGCGCAACACAUUGGAUGCUUUGCAUGACGCCACAGAAAAAACAACCAUUGAACAGAGUGCAUAUAUCAAACACUUGCAUGACUCGCUUGAAAUACACAAAUCAAGUAUUGUUGAGCUGGAAAAGCAGAUUCAUGAAGAUGUGCAAAAUUUGAGUGUUUCAAACGAGGUGUCCAAAGGUUUGGCUGAAAAGCUGAGCACAUUAUCUGAAACUGUAACACGACUCGGUCAACAGCUUGAAGCCUAUGGUAGUGUAGAUGAUGUUGUCAAACGGGUGAUGGAUACUAUUCGAACCAGUACAGACUUUCCUGGAUUCAUUGCUGCUACUAAAUCUUCUGAAACCUCAGAGAUUGAACUACCGCCAGAACUUUGGAAAGCCAUCGAGUCAAAACUGAAUAUGUUUGGUGAUAAAGACCAAACGAUUGAUGUUUCCAACACUGCCGAAGCACGAUUAAAAACGUUCAUCUUGGCUCAAAUUGAUGACAUUCGUGUCACGUAUGCCACUAAUGCAGAUGUUGAUGUACGCAUACGUAUGGCUUUGAAGGAUGCCAUUAAGGAUUAUACUCAAAGUGGACAAAACGAUGCAUCGCUAGCUGCUCGUGUAGAUUUGAAAAUGGACGAGGUCAAGGCAUUACUACAGACCAAGGUUGAAGAACUGAACAAACUGGAGCAAGAGACUCGCGAAAAGUUGCAAGGUGCCUUUAGUGGUACAAAAAAAGAGUACACACAGCUAGAUCUGCAUUUGAAAACAUUAACCGAACAAAUUGCAUCUCACACUACUUCCCUGAAAGAAGUCAUGAGUGAGCAAGAUCGACUUGGAGUAUUUUACGAUAAUCAAAAGCGUGAAUUUGAGCUCAUCAAGACUACUGUUGAUACAUCCACCCACUGGCACAAUUUUCUUGAGCAAAAUCGACAGGCCCUUUCAACUAUCAUACAUGAGCAGGUUGAUACUCAUCCCAACUCACACAUCAUUCUCACACAAGAGCAAACACUUUCAGCCAUAGAGGUCAAGCUUGAGAGCAUCGUAUCAAAGUCUAGCCAAGAUAUGGCGAUCAUUAUGAAUCGCUUGGAGAGUCUGGACUCUGUAUCGUCGUCCUAUGCGCAUCUAAAAGGAGAUGCUCCACUUUCGCGAGAUGCCACAGAGUCUCUCAUACAUCGCAUUGUAGCUUCUGCUUUGGAAGAAUAUCGAGCGGAUGUGUUGGCUAUACCCGACUACGCUUUGGAAAGUGCAGGCGCUCGCGUAGUUUAUAAUCUAACCUCUUCAACAUUCACUACUCAUUUCAAGCCACCUGUGCUGGGUUUAUUUGCACGAGUAAUGGGUAUUCGUAAAGCCAGUGGACGGUCUCCGUCAACCGCUUUGACCCAGGAUAUUUCUCCGGGUAAUUGUUGGGCCAUGUCAGACUCGAGCGGCACGUUGGCGAUAUCCCUUGCCGAGCCCAUCAUACCAACUGAUAUGACCAUUGAGCAUUCUCAUAUCCAAACGUCCAUUAGUGACCGACACACAUCAGCUCCACGCCAAAUCGAACUUUGGGCAGUCUUUGAUGCUGUAGAAUUUGCUAAACUUGAUCUAAACAACAAUCAGGUCAGACUACAAACACUCGGCACUUUGUCAUCAUCAAACAAAAAAACACAACCAGCUGGAAUUCUCCUAGGAGACUUUGAAUUCAAUCCAAUGACGGCUGCAUUGAAAACUUAUCCUUUACAUCGGAUUUUAAACAUCAAAGUCAAUAUGGUUGUUGUGCGCAUUAAAAAUAACUGGGGAAAUCCCAAAUGGACAUGUAUUUAUCGCGUGCGUAUCCAUGGUCGUGAAUAAAGUCGCAUUUUAAACUAA